ACAAGGAUAUUCGACGAAAGUACUGACUCUUUUAGAAAUGUUGAAGUUGGCCUCUGAAACUAAUGGCACCGAGUCAGGCAUGGAGGACGCGUGGCUCACUCUAUCGGUGGAAGGUGAACCUAAAGGCCUGGAGGAGGACGCUCUCGAGCAGUCGACGUUCAACGAAGACUUGUGGCACAAUUUAUUAGACCAACUGAGUAAGGCGGAGAUGUGUCGAAUUAAUUUUGAAGUUGAGCCUUAUCCACCGACUGAUCAUGGUCAGGUAUACUGUAACAGGAGUUGGAAUGGCGCCACCUGCUGGCCCACAACCCUGGCCGGCCAUUGGGCCACCGCCUUCUGUCCGCCCGAAGUGGAAGGAGUUUCGCUGGACGUUACACAAAAUGCGACAAGAUACUGUCAUCCCAAUGGAAUGUGGAAUGAAAAGUCUAACUACGACAACUGCACGCUGUUAUCACACGUUGGAAUAGAGAAUUUAGAGGAAUUUGAAAUGGUCAACCUGGCAGCAAGGAUGAUUUAUUUUGUGGGGUUUAGCAUAUCCAGUUUAGCACUCAUUUCGGCCUUGCUUAUAUUCUCAUAUUUCAGAAGUCUACACUGUCUCAGGAACACCAUCCACUCUCAUUUGAUGGGUUCGUUUCUUCUCAGGAUAUUAGUCUGGGUAAUGCUGCAUUUCGUCACUCGUGCGGUGUUCUUAGAGCCGGAUAUUAAAGACGUAUCGUCAGGGCUGAACUGGUUCUGUAAAAUCCUCACGGCUCUCUCCCACUACAGUACCAUAGCUAACUUCUUCUGGAUGUUAAUGGAAGGGCUUUACCUUCAUAUUAUGGUGUUCUGGGUGUACUCUGCCGAAAAGCUCAACAUCUGGCUCUUCGCUAUCAUCGGUUGGGGCUGUCCUUGGUUCUUCGUAAUUAUAUGGGCUAUUGCCAAGUAUAACAAACAAAACAAAGAUUGUUGGAUUACCCUGCACGGCUCGAGUGAUGCCUUGGACUUCAUAAUAUAUGCUCCAAACUUGACAGUUAUAGGGGUGAACCUGGUAUUUCUGUUUUCCAUCAUUUGGGUGCUUGUCUCCAAAAUCAAUUCUUCCCAAAACUUUGAUGGGGGCCAAUACACGUAA